CGCAGUUGAAAGCAGUAAGCACGUCCAGUCAGCUCCUUCAGCUGACAUUUCUCCUCUACCCCCGCGGUGUUGGCUGUCGCCUCUGCCAACAUGGGUCUUAUCACAGGAGUCUGCACCUUCUUGUACCACUUACCUCAGAUUUACAAAUGGCUGCUGAAACCGUAUUAUAUCACCUCGUUCUUCAUGACCGUCGCCUUCCUGGUGGUCCGAAAAGUUCCCGGUCUGUGCGAGCACCUGGCGACCCAGCGGGAGGACGGUAACUCCUGCGACUUUGACUGGAGAGAGCUGGAGAUUCUCAUGUUUCUUAGUGCCAUAGUGAUGAUGAAGAACAGGAGAGCCAUCACACUGGAGCAGCACAUAGGCAACUUGUUCCUGUUUAGCAAAGUGGCCAACGUCAUUCUCUUCUUCAGGCUGGACAUUCGGCUCGGCAUCCUUUACCUCGCGUUGUGUGUCGCAUUUGUCAUGACCUGUAAGCCACCUCUCUACAUGGGCCCAGAGUACAUCAAGUACUUCAGUGAUAAGACCAUAGACGAGGAGCUGCAGAGGGACAGUCGAGUCACCUGGAUUGUCGAAUUCUACGCCAACUGGUCGUCUGAAUGUCAGUCCUUCGCUCCUGUCUUUGCCGACCUUUCUCUCAAGUACAACUGUGCUGGACUCAGGUUUGGGAAGGUGGACAUCGGACGCUACGGAGAGGUUUCAGAGAGGUACAAGGUUAGUACCUCCCCUCUGGCCAAGCAGCUGCCCUCACUGCUGCUCUUUCAAGGAGGGCGGGAGCUGAUGAGACGUCCAAUGGUGGACAAUAAAGGGAGAGCUGUGUCUUGGACCUUCAAUGAGGAGAACAUCAUCCGAGAGUUUAACCUCAACGAGCUCUUCCAGAAAUCCAAGAAACUGAACAAAAGCCGCAGCUUGAAGGGAGAGGAGCAGAACGGCUUUCAGCCAGAGGAGGGUGCCGAUGAGCUUCCUGAGGACACUGACGCCCCACAGCAGCCCACAGAGAGCAAGAAAGACCAGUGAGGAGAGGAGGAUGAUUUGGGCGGGGGGGUGUGAAGUCUCUCCUUUUCUUCCGACAUUGCCAUGCCUUACAUUAUUGCUUAAAUCCAGAGUAUUAAGGAACUGGAGAGAAGACAACACUAGAUGUCACCAAAAAAAAAGCCUGGGCCACAUUUCUCUGGUCUGACUGGGUAUGAUGCAGUGUGGGUUUGAACGCAGCCACGCAAAAGAUCAAGUGAUGAUUUGGGGACGUUUUAUUACAGACCUUAAAUUAUUUGAUAACAAAUGCCUUUUUUUUGUAAUGAUUGUUUUUUGGCUACUUUCAGCAACAUCUCAUCACUCUGUGCAAUGUUUUGCUGCCUGUAUUUUGCAACUAGUGUGUUUACUGAUGUCGCAUAUUUGAAAAACCAAAGUAGAAGGUGAGAAGUGAAUCUGAAAUAAAAGAGAUUCAAAGAUUCAUGACACAAAAAAA